GUGCAAUUUCAGUGCAAUUUGUGUCUGCGACACAAACAGAGCAGUGUUACCUGACUACCUGAGUGGAGUUCAAUCUAUUUUCCCUCUGACGGCCUGUCAUGGCUGUCAACCUUUCCCUACUGCAACUCCCUUCCAUCCCCUCCCACUCACUUCGGAUCAAACUUAACGCAAAUGGAAUCAAACCCACUACACCCAGCUCAGUCUAUGCCGCAAAACUCGGCAUUGCAGGUACUUCACGGUAUUCUACCAUUACUUGCUGCUCUUCAAAUGACCGAGGACCUGAUUCCGUGGACGACAGCAUUAAGGACGUUGAGCGCCUUCUUGAAGAGAAAAAGCGCGCCGAAUUGUCUGCUCGAAUAGCUUCCGGAGAAUUCACCGUUCAGCAAUCAUCUAGUCUUACGUCUGUAUUGAGAAAUGGCCUGUCAAACUUGGGUGUUCCCCGGGAAUUUCUGGAUUUCCUGUCUCAAUUGGGUGGCCGAGGGCAUCCAAAGAUUCCAAAGGCCAGAGGAGAUAUCAAGGCCGUGCAGGGUCAGGCCUUCUUCAUUCCCUUGUAUGAGCUCUACCUUACUUAUGGUGGAAUAUUCAGGUUGAUAUUUGGUCCAAAGUCCUUUUUGAUAGUUUCUGAUCCUUCUAUCGCUAAGCAUAUAUUGAGGGACAACUCAAAGGCUUAUUCGAAGGGUAUUUUAGCUGAAAUUUUAGAUUUUGUCAUGGGGAAGGGACUGAUCCCUGCUGACGGGGAAAUCUGGCGUGUCAGACGACGGGCUAUAGUCCCAGCAUUGCAUAAGACGUAUGUAGCAGCUAUGAUUAGCCUCUUUGGACAAGCUACAGAGAGGCUUUGCAACAAGCUAGAUGUUGCUGCAUCUGAUGGGGAGGAUGUAGAAAUGGAGUCCCUUUUUUCACGAUUAACCUUGGAUAUCAUUGGCAAGGCUGUCUUUAAUUAUGAUUUUGAUUCUUUGUCAAAUGAUACUGGAAUAGUUGAGGCUGUUUAUACAGUUCUGCGAGAAGCAGAAGAUCGAAGUGUUGCACCUAUUCCAUUCUGGGAGAUUCCCAUUUGGAAAGACAUCUCACCACGUCAGAAAAAAGUCAGAGUAGCUCUCAAGUUGGUUAAUGAUACACUGGACGAUCUGAUUGCAAUAUGCAAGAGGAUGGUGGACCAAGAAGAACUGCAGUUUCAUGAAGAAUACAUGAAUGACAAAGAUCCUAGUAUUCUUCACUUUCUUUUAGCAUCAGGAGACGAUGUUUCUAGCAAGCAACUUCGUGAUGAUCUGAUGACGAUGCUUAUAGCUGGACAUGAAACAUCUGCUGCAGUUUUAACAUGGACAUUCUAUCUACUGUCUAAGGAACCUAGUGUCAUGUCCAAGCUCCAGAAUGAGGUGGAUUCUAUCCUAGGAGAUCGCUUUCCAACUGUUGAUGAUAUGAGGAAUCUAAAGUAUAUGACUCGGGUAAUCAAUGAAUCCUUGAGGCUUUAUCCACAACCACCUGUCUUGAUUCGCCGUUCUCUUGAGGAUGAUGUACUUGGAAAGUAUCCAAUAAAGAGGGGUGAAGAUAUUUUCAUUUCUGUUUGGAACCUGCACAGGUGUCCCAAUCGUUGGGUUGAUGCAGACAAGUUCAAUCCUGAAAGAUGGCCUCUAGAUGGACCAAAUCCAAAUGAGACCAACCAAAACUUCAGCUACUUGCCAUUUGGUGGUGGACCACGGAAAUGUAUAGGAGACAUGUUUGCUUCAUUUGAGAAUGUGGUAGCAGUAGCAAUGCUUGUUCGGCGAUUUAAUUUUCAAAUGGCCAUUGGAGCACCUCAGGUUGAAAUGACAACAGGAGCGACCAUCCAUACUACAGAGGGGUUGAAGAUGACCGUUACACGCAGAACAAAACCUCCCAUAAUCCCUACACUGGAGAAAACAAUAUUGGAAGUGGAUGGCAGUAGUGCUGUUAAGAAGCAAUCUCCAACUACUUUGUCAUCUUUGAGCGUAUCUGAAGUUGAGUAGCAACAUGAUCAGAAAGAUCAAGUUACACCGCUCAGUACUAUGGGUAUGCUACAUUCUACUCACACAUCCAAAAUCAUCCGAGCAAGAUUCUUAGUGGAAGAAAUAAAAAUGUUGGGGAGGGUGUUGGGAAAGAGGAGAGAAAUUGUCAAUGUUGGGGUUGUCAACAAUCCAUGAGAUGAAAAAUGAGUUAGUAAACUGAAGUUUCUUCACCCUAACCCACUGUAUGAAGCUUUUAAAUUGUAAAUUACCAGACUUCCCAGAUGCCACACAUGGCCGAUG